AUGUCGGAACCAAACUCUCAGGGAGACCGGGCCUCGUCGCGAAAAUAUGGAGGUACCGAGGAACAAAGCGUGACCGGGGCGGGUCUCAUCUUUCUCAAUGCCUGGGAUGAUGAAUGCCGAGGGCCCUACCAGGAUAUACUUGGCAUAAUGGACUCCCCGGAGCGCAUUAGAUUGAAUAGGAUGGAGCAAGUGGUCAGCGGACAUCACCAGCAACUCCUAGCCAUGGUGAAGUUCAGCAAGCAGACCCUGUCGGAUGGCACGCGUGUCAUCGUGCGCAACCGUGUGUAUCCUGACCGAGGUGCCGUCUUCAAGCUCUACUCAUUUAUCGAUGAUUGGGGGCAACAUGGUUACUAUGGGAAGCUCAGCUACUCCAGGUGGAAACGCGCCCUCAAGAGCCAAUGCGGCUUCUCCACUAGGCGCCAUCGUAUCAGAUGUAAACUCUCGUUGAACAAAGGCUCACAGGAGCUUAUCUAUGUUUCCUGUGAGAAGCAGUUUGUUGCUGCUAUUGAUACCCUGGCGAAGAACGGGGCUGAUCUAGAAUUCGAAAUUGUUCACAAAUUUGAAUGGCUGCAUGAGAAGGUAGAUCUCUUUUCGAAUGGAGGCCGAAGGACUUCGCGUGGAUCUGUCUAUUUUGAUGCUCGUGAGAAAUGCGAUCUUGAUUGA